AUGACUCGGAUGGGUCCGAGGUUGGAAUCGAAAUGCUCUCCCUUGCAGCCAGAAACGGUAAGGCGGAUAAGAAGAAGAAAGCCCAGGCAGGAGCCAAAGCAGUUCCAGCAGAGCCAGAGGCAGGAGGAGCCAAUGCAGUUCCGUCAGAAGCUUCAGCAGAAGCAGUUCCUGCAGAGGCGGCAGAGGCAGAAGGAGCCAAAGAAGUUCCGUCAGAAGCGGUUCCAGCAACAGCAGCUCCUCCAGAGGCGGCAGAGGCGGGUGCGAGAGCUGCGGCAAAGCCGAAAGCAGCAGAAAAGAACAAGUCUGCAACGGACGACGAAAACGACACAGACGACGACGAGGAGCAGGAGGAGCCAAAGAAGUUCCGUCAGAAGCUGCUCCAGCAAAAGCAGUUCCUCCAGAGAAGGCAGAGGCGGGUGCGAAAGCUGCGGCAAAGCCGAAAGCGGCAGAAAAGAACAAGUCUGCAACGGACGACGACAACGACACAGACGACGACGAGGAGCAGGAGGAGGCAAAGAAGUUCCGUCAGAAGCUGCUCCAGCAAAAGCAGUUCCUCCAGAGAAGGCAGAGGCGGGUGCGAAAGCUGCGGCAAAGCCGAAAGCGGCAGAAAAGAACAAGUCUGCAACGGACGACGACAACGACACAGACGACGACGAGGAGCAGGAGGAGCCAAAGAAGUUCCGUCAGAAGCUGCUCCAGCAAAAGCAGUUCCUCCAGAGAAGGCAGAGGCGGGUGCGAAAGCUGCGGCAAAGCCGAAAGCGGCAGAAAAGAACAAGUCUGCAAGGGGCGACGACAACGACACAGACGACGACGAGGAGCAGGAGGAGCCAAAGAAGUUCCGUCAGAAGCUGCUCCAGCAAAAGCAGUUCCUCCAGAGAAGGCAGAGGCGGGUGCGAAAGCCGCGGCGAAGCGAAAAGCGGCAGCAAAGAAAAAGUCUGCAAUGGACGACAGCGACACGGACGGCGAGGAGCGCCUACGGCUCGGCCACCCAGAGUCUACAACCCGCACAAUCAUCGAUUCCCUCCUCCACAGUGCAAUGCCAGAUUCCUGAGGAAGAUUGGUGUGAUCAUGGAGGAAGAAGUCCAGGUGGAAUACGAUGAGGAGGAAGCGAAUAAGCCCUGGAAAUUAGCCAAGGCUGUUGCAAAACCUGCGAUGACAAGUGGAAGUGCCCAAGCAAAGAAGGAUGCCAAGCCAAGACAGCAGCCUGAAGAUGACACUUCUGAGGACGAAGACGAGGUUGCUGCCAAAGCCGGUGCCCAAACAAAGCAGGAUGCCAAAGUAACACAGCAGCCCGGAGACGAUGACGAUUCUGAGGACGAAGAUCAGCAGGAGAAGGCAGCGGCCAAAGCAGCGGCGAAAAAUGGAAAUGCCCAAUCGAAGCAGGACGCCAAAGUACCAAAGCAGCCUAGAAAUGAUGAGGACACUGAGGACGAAGGUGAGCAUGAGCAGGAUGCCAAAAUGACACAGCAGCAGCCUGGAGAGGACGAGGAUUCGGAGGACGAAGAGGCUGCUGCGAAAGCUGCGGUGACCAAUGGAAGUGCCCCGUCAAAGCAGGAUGCCAAAGUAGCACAGCAGGAUUCUGAGGAUGAGGAAAAGCAGGACGCCAAAGCUAAAGCAAACCAGCCCAGAAAUGAGGACGAAGAGGUGGUAAAGCCAAAAGCUGCAGCGCAUGCGGAGAGCGGCGAGAAGGCUGGGACCGCGAAGAGAAGACUGAGGGCCGCUGCUGCUUCUUCGGAUGAGGAGGAGAAGAAGCAGGUGCCAGCGCCGAAAGCUGGGAAGAAAGCCCGCAAAAGUGGCGGCAAUAGUGCCGAGGAGGCACCGGAGGAGGCCCCGCAGAAGGAGGUGCCAGCGCCGAAAGAUGGGAAGAGAGCCCGCAAAAGUGAGGAGGCGCCGCAGAAGGAGGUGCCAGCGCGGAAAGAUGGGAAGAGAGCCCGCAAAAGUGAGGCGCCGCAGAAGGAGGCACCGAAGGCUGGGAAGAAAGCCCGCAAAAGUGGCGGCAAUAGAGCCGAGGAGGAGCUGCGGGACGUACAACAGGAGGAGGCACCAGAGGAGGCACCGCAGAAGGAGGAGGAGCUGCGGAACGUACCGCAGGAGGAGGCGCCGGCGCCGCAAGCUGGGACGCGAGCCUGCAAAAGUGGCGGCAAUAGCGCCGAGGAGGAGCUGCGGGACGUACCGCAGGAGGCGUCGCAGGAGGAGGUGCCAGCGCCGAAAGCUGGGAAGAGAGCCCGCGACUUCGGAAAUAGUGACCAGGAGGAGCAGCAGGAUGUGCCGCAGGAUGUGCCGCAGGAGGCGUUGCAGGCGCAAGCCGACGGGUCCAAGCACAAUGCUCAGGAGGCCGGGAAGAAGCAGUCCAGAAGAAGCAGGGCAAGAGGCAAUAGGAAUGCCAGAAGGACAAAGCGAAAUACUGAGGACUCCAUGGAAAGCUUGUACACGAAGGUGUUCAAAAAAGACAGGAAAGCUUCUGCGCCGGCUUUCCUUCCGUCGCGUGAUGCAAAGGAUGAAGCUGCCUUCCGUUGUGUGUCGGAGCUGCGCACUGCCUGCAAAUGGCAUCGGCAAGGCUUCUUCGACCAGAGUGCAGUCGACAAGAUCAAGCGCGAUGUAUUUGAACGCCUGGAGAAGAUUUGCGACGCGGAGUGA